CAAAACGAAUAUAAAAGAAUCAAUCUAGUCCCAUCUAUUGCCACAACCUUAGAUCAUCCAAAAAGACAGCAUUAAAUUCACCAAACACCUCAAAACCUCCCUUCAAAAUCUUGAAGGAGGAAACAAAAGAUGUCUCCUUUAAGCAGUUUUAGUGUUGCCAUAGCUCUUCUACUUCUUGCACAUUUAUGUGAAUCUUCACCAUACAAAAAUCAAGAUUCCGGCAGCCUCAACGAACACGAUGAAAAUUCUCAGAGGGUGUUUGAUAUUGUAGUUCAUGGAAUCUUGCUGUGGGCAUCAAUGGGAUUCUUGAUCCCUUUGGGAAUAUUGGUGAUUAGAGUUUCCAGUUGCACAAGUGAAUUUCAACCUUCUAGGCACAAAAAAGUGUUCUAUGUUCAUGCACUUUUGCAGGUACUUUCGGUUCUGCUUGUAACCGUUGGAGCAAUUUUAUCAAUCAGAAACUUCGAGAAUGCAUUCAACAACACACAUCAAAGACUAGGGCUGGCUCUUUAUGCUGCUAUUUAUAUGCAACUUAUCCUCGGAUUUAAAAGACCUAAAAGGGGGACUAGAGCUAGAAGUGCAUGGUACUUGUUACAUUGGUUACUAGGUACCAUAACUUGUUUGGUUGGAGUCUUGAAUAUCUACACUGGAUUACAAGCCUACCACAUAAGAACUUCAACAAACACAAGAUUUUACACCAUAAUCUUCACAGCUCAAUUAUCUUUCAUGGUAAUUCUCUAUCUUUUCCAAGACAAAUGGGAUUACAUUUUAAGACAGGGGAUGCCACCUGGCGUUGUUGGUAGUUAUGGAAACAAUGAUAUACCAUUGCCAAUAACACUAUCUCAACAAGUGGAAGAUGAUCAAGUCAAGGAUUCCUUCAAUGAACCAUCUAUGAAGAGUAAUGCAUUGGGCACUCAUUUUUCAAGAACCAAUGUGCUUAAUAAACUAUUUCAACUGACUUGAAUUAUUCUAUCCUUCUAGUAUGUUUUUAGGUUUAAUUGUUAAAUAAUGCACAACAUUUCCAUCAAUUUUUAAUAUAGACAUGAUUUUUGGACCA